CGCCCGCGUCGCGUAUUCGACGUAUUUGCCCCUUCCCUCCUAUUCCAUCCAUCAGUCAGUCAGUUUUCGGCGCGCGUGAGAGGCGGUCGGUUUCAUCGUACGUGUCCGAUAUUCUCGUACAACUGGGUCACGAGGUCUGUUUACGUGUUGACAAGGAAAUCAGAUUUGUUGUGUUGUUAUGUAUGUUUGCAGUGACUGUGAAACUAAUUAUAUAGCGUUAGAAGAGAACUGGCGGCGCUUUUGAUGUAUACGUGAUGUAUGCGUGAGCGCAGCGUAUGACGUGCUACGAAACGUUGAGAGCUUCGGCACCGGCGGCGGACGCCCCCAUGGCACACCACUUCGUCAAGUGGUGGCGCAACAAGUUUAGAAAUGGAUAUAAAAAAUUUAGCAUUGGAACCGACGGGGACCGUACGGACACCGAAGAACUGAUCGGCCGGUCGACGUCUCAGUGCUCGGCGCCACCUGACCUGCUGCCCAGUGAAGCACGCGCUCUCCUCAGUUCACCCACGCCGACUCCUGCACAGGCCAGGACACCGGAGCCGUGCACCAAGAGACUGUCACCCUCCCUGCAUACCAAUAAUCAGGAACAGCCUAGACUACGAUUUGAGGAACUAACAUGUGACGUCGAGUUACAACACCCGGAAUCGUCUAAACAGCAGCCUCUCCAAUUCUCGUUCACUCUGUAUGACCUUGAUGGGCACGGCCGCAUGACAAAAGAUGAUAUAGCCGGCAUCGUGUCUACCAUUUACGAAUCUAUCGGCAAGUCAGUGACUGUGCCGCACUAUGGCUCCAAAACAAUACAAGUCCGUCUGACAGUCAUACCGGAAAACGGACCGACGAGAGAUCAACGUGACAAGAGAGAUGCAAAACGGAGGAAGCGAAGAGAAGAACGCAAAAUGGCCGCACCCGUUGAAUGUGUGGAGAACAGCGAGGAGGAACAAGAGAGGUUGUCUCACGACGACGGUGUGUCGUCUAAAUCUUCAAGCACAGCUGAGAAACCUCCGCCGGUGAGGCCGCCUCCGGUGUUCCGACAGCGGCCGCACAGACACCAACGAAGAGAACACAGGGAGCGAAAAUAUACAAAGAAACGUUCGGGCAGCCUUCAGCGGCGGGAAUUACUAGAAAUAAUUCAGGCCAAUAUGGAGAAAAACCAUCUGAGCUUUCAAGCAUCCAGAAAGCCCAACGAGUCCACGGUCAACGAAAAGGAAUUCCCAACGAAAUAUCAAAAGCAUCGGAACAGAUCUCACACCGUUAACGAGAAAUCUUCGAAUGCAUUCCACAGAGUGAAAUCAGACACUACCGGGAAUAACUAUUUAGAUCUGGCGAGCGGCGUUGACUCGCAUCUGUGUAGGUACGACAGAUACCUCCACGCUGUCAUUUGUUCGUCGGCCCGUCACGCGCACACCGGCUACCAUCACAAAGUGGCGCCCCCACCGGCCCCGCACGUACUACACCCCCGCUCUCGGUCACACGAACUGGCCCCUCAACAACAGCCCAGAGUACUUCAAAUUAUAUUCUUAUAGAAUUUAAGAAGGGACAAACGUCGCUAAGACCUUGUCCCUCUGAAAUAAUAGUAUGUUUAAUUUAAUUAUGGUUACCAAAUGCUUUCGUAAAGUUUUAUGAUUUCACAUCAGGAAUAAGUUCAUUUGUCAUACAAAUUUUACCUUUCAAAAACAUAAUUUUCUGUAUAUAUACAGUGUUGCGUUACUAUUGCGACAAUUAAAUAAACACACAUGUAUAAAUACUUAUCUAUAAUCAUAAAAAAAAAUUAAAAUACAUAAUUCACCUAAAUAAAUCAAUUUCAAUAAAAUCAUUUUGGAACAACUGUAAGAAAUCUAGUAGCCGCGCGUUAACGUAGGCACUGACGCAGGCUACCUCGUGCCAUCUUAUGCGGCCACAUAAAGGGUGUUUAAAUUUUGUUUCCAAAAUAUAUAAUUUGUUUGUUAAUUUCAAAUUUAAAUUAUUAACUUUAAAAUUUAGAAUAUUUUUUUUACAAUUAAGGUUAGACAGCUCUACCUGUGUGUUCAUUUAAUGUGCCAUUAUGGCGCCACGCAGUAUAUAAACAAAUAUGAGGUAUUAAAAUCUAAAAAAAGUGUAUACCUAUGUAUGCACGCAAGAAGUUAUACUUCUUUGGCCUAACGAAGCAAAAAUCAAUAAAAUUAUUUAUUCCUCGUGCUAUUCUACGUUUUUAGACAGGACAAUUUUGUAAAAUUCUUGCAAUGAUGGCUUUGACAAUUAAUUAUUAAAUUAUGAAUACAGCUGUAUGGGCUUGAACCCUUUGCCUGUCCUUAUAAUGGAUGAAGAAAACAAAAAAAAUUAACGAAUGACGCAAACGUCAGAAAAUUUUAGGAACCAAUCUCAACCUGUACUCUUGUGUUACAGCAUAAUAAAAUUUCACUCUUAUCAAUUUUUAUAACGCGCCUGAAGAAAUAUAACUUCAAAAAUUGUAUUUUGAUUGGAUAUGUAGUUAUGAGACAGAGACCUUAUGAACCCUUUGUUGAAUGAUGGAUUUUGUUAGAAACUUCUUCUCCUACCUUGACUUCAUAAUAUAUGUUCUAAUCAUUCCACAAGUUAUAUCACAUGAUACCUAACAGUAUUCAAUUAUAACGACAAUGUAGUAUAAAUUAUUUAUUUGCUAUUAGUCAGUUUAAUUGUACCAACUGGUAUAUAUUGGACGUCAAAACUAUUUAUUAUACAUAUUACCGUUAAGUUAAACAUUUAAGUUAUGAUAAUUAUAUGAGCAUUUCAUGAAAUGUGCCUUACUUCAGUUUCUUGUAUGUAAUGUAUUAUAGGAAUAUUAUAGUAGACGAAAAUGCUCAUUAGAAUAAUGUUCUUGUAUUAAUAUAAUGACUCAUUGAAGAGUCGGAGACUGAACUUAGUUAUAAUAAUAGGUGCUUUGUUAAUUUAUUCGCAAGUGUUGUUAUAUGUACCUUAACAUACUUAAGCAAAUAUAUUUUGCGUGGUUUACUCAUAUCAUAGUUUUUCAGGAACAUACCAUAGAGAAAGUAAUGGUCUACUAAGUACAUUAAAGUGUUGUGUGGGAAAUGCGUAAUUUAAACUUCGAAGAUGUUGUUUCUUAAGCUUUUAACAUUAAUUAGUACAUAUAACAUUAAGUAAGUAUCCAUCCCUACCAGGCUAGCAAGCUGUAAGAAAAAAAGCGAUUCGAUCGUUUGUUUGAAGUAUGCAGUCAUUGACAGAUUGACAGAUGACGGCUAUUAUCUUGUAAAAAAGGGGAUAGCUGAAAUCCACUACGUUAUGGGCAACUGUUCGCUUUCAAACUUAGCCGGAUUAUGCAUCGUGACCAUGCGCGAUACUGUUAUUACAACUAUUUCAAACAUAUGUCAAAUUACUGCACAUUUCAAACUAAACUAAAUUUUUACUUAGGCAGUCCCGACUCCUAUUACGUAGUAUUUACAUCCUCUUUGAUCCCUAAUCUGUGGUAUAACCUUCCUCAUAUGAGUAAACAACGUGAAAUAAAAUUAUUGUACAUCCAAUGUCAAUCUAUUAUCAAUCAGUAUUUAAAGUGUUUCAUAGAAUAAGAAUCUCAUACAAAAUUAUUGUUAACAAUGUACUAAGCUAUCUGUUAAUGUCAAAGUUUUGUAAACUCUGUUGAAACUUCACUACCUCUUACUUUAUACUAUUAUAGAUAAGAUUAAUUUAUUAUAACAGCUGAAUCCUAAAAAUAUUUUUAUAAGUGAUAUUUUAGUAAUGAAUUAGAUGCGAAAUUCAACAUAUUAUAUUGCUAACUACAUUUUAUACUAUAACAUGUUUUAAGAAAAUUUAUUGAAUUAGGCGUUACUUUGCGGAAAUCCAUAAUUAUACAAAUGAUUUAAGUUUUCUUUAGUGAAAUUCCGCCAAUAUUUGUUUUGAAAACAAUUCGACACGUGUUUCGCCUCUACACGAGGCAUCCUUAGAUCAGAAAAUCUGGCACGAGACUCUUAGUCUCGUAGAUUUUGGCGAGACAACACGUCCUGAGGAUGCCUCGUGUAUAGGCGCAACACGUGUCGAAUUGUUUUAAAAACAAAUAUUGGCGGAAUUUCACUAAAGAAAACUUAAAUCAUUUGUAUGAUUACAUGUUUUGUUAAACUCUCUUUACUUUUAAAUAAUGUAAUGUACAGUGUAAAAAAAAAACCAUGAUCUUGUCAAUAUAGUAUUUAUUGUCGAAAAUAAAUUACAUUUCAAAUCAA